GAAAACGGUAUGUCUAACAACCCUGGUGCGAGCUACAACACUCCUCCCACUCGUGUCGUGUCGCUCAAGGUCAGUCGAGUGUCGGAAGGAACGCUGAUUCGCUCGUAGAUGGCCAUUGCGCAUGCGCGGACGAUGGGGUUAACCUUUUUUAUGUGGGCGUCGCGCUGCCGGCCUGCACAUUCGCUCCUCGGCUCUUGGCAAGCGUUCAAGUUGGUACGAGCAGUUCACAUAAUGGCGGCGCCCACUGUUACUCUGAACAAUGGCAAGAAGAUCCCGCAACUCGGCUUCGGCACGUGGCAGUCGAAGCCCGGCGAGGUGGAGCAGGCCGUGAAGGACGCCAUAGACGCCGGCUACCGCCACAUCGACGGCGCGCACGUGUACGGCAACGAGAAGGAGGUGGGCGCCGGCAUCCGGGCCAAGAUCUCCGAGGGCGUCGUCAAGCGCGAGGACCUGUUCGUCACCAGCAAGCUGUGGAACACCUACCACAGGCCCGGCGCCGUGCUGCCGGCGCUCAAGAAGACGCUGUCCGACCUGGGGCUGGACUACCUCGACCUCUACCUCAUCCACUGGCCCUUCGCCCUCAAGGAAGGGUCAGACCUGUUCCCCCAGGAGGGCGGCAAGGCAGCCAUCGUAGACCUCGACUACGUGGACACUUGGAAGGCCAUGGAGAAACUGGUGGAAGCGGGGCUGGCCCGAAGCAUCGGCAUCUCCAACUUCAACAGCGAGCAGGUUAAGCGCGUGGUUGCCGCCGCCACAAUCAAGCCCGUCACCAACCAGGUGGAGUGCCACCCGUACCUGAACCAGAAGAAGCUGCGAGAGCUGUGCAAGCAGCACGGCAUCAUCAUCACGGCCUACAGCCCGCUGGGGAACCCCGGCUCCAGCUACCUGCCCCCGGGCACCCCCAACAUCCUCAAGGACGCCAAGCUGGUGGAGCUGGCCAAGAAGCACGGCAAGUCCGUCGCCCAGGUCAUCCUGCGAUACCUCAUACAAAUUGGUACGGUGCCCAUUCCGAAGUCUGUCACGAAGAGUCGCAUUCAGGAGAACAUCAAAGUUUUUGACUUUGAGCUUGCUCCCGAAGACAUCGCGUACGUGGACUCUUUGGACCGGGGAGUGCGGACCUGCCCUUACGCAGAUGCGGUGGGAUUCCCGAACUACCCGUUCAGCAUUGACUAUUGAACACCUGCAAUACCACUUAUUUGUGCACAGACUGUUUUCACAUUUUCACCAUUUAGUGUUUACCAACUUUGUUCAUGCUCAUUACUUUAGUACAGCACCAUUUAUCAGAAUGUUUGAAAUUGUGUUUUACAUGUGUAUGCAGCAAUCCAUUGUAACAACUUAAUUUGUACUGCUGGAAAAAUAUGACGUGAUGUAUCAACUAAACAAAUUAGUUCUCUAGUGUCAAUAAAAACUACUUAGAGAAGAA